GUAUCGGAUAGUGUUGAAGAUUCCAUUGGCUCGGGAAGGAACAAAUGGUUUGGAGUUUGCUUUUAGGAAUUGUGGGAGCUGGAUCAGCUGGACUUGUUUUGGUAGCAGGGCUUUCCUUUGCAGCAAUGUCCCUAAGUAAUCGGAGUGCUUCGAGGACAAAGCAGCAGUUGCAACCCUUAACAGUUCAACAGGAAGUUUCAAUUGAUACUGAAGGUGAAAAGGCUGAAGAAAAUGAAAUUGAAACAGGAAUACACAAGGAUCUUUCGGCACCUUCAGAAUUCAAUGACACUUCUGCUGAUAAUUAUAUUGAUAAUGCCAAUGGGACAUACUUAAUUGACAGUUCCACAUCCAAUGACAAUAAUGUCAGUAAUACUGUUCCAGUUCCAGGAGACAUGCAAAAUGGUUCAUCUUUGGAUGGGGAGUCAGUUUUCCCAGACACAACUGCAACAUCAUCUAAUUUGCCUGAAACUGAAACUGUCGUUGGCUCUUUUGUUGCAUCAAGACUUAAUGAAUCAGAUAGCAACCUUGAUAUAGAUUCACCUGAAGUGACUUCCAAGAUUGAAGACAAAUUGAUUAAUGUGCAGGAAAGUAUUGUUGAUACUAACUUGUCUGACCCAAUAAACCUAGACAAUGGUUUUGAUGAGGGAUUACUUGGACCAGAAGGAAAAGAUAAUUCCUAUAUCUCGGAUUUUUCUUCUAGUUCCAGUUUAGUCACUGAUCCUUCGAUUGUGAGCUUCUCAAUUAGUUCAGAGUCGGAACCAAUUGAAGAACAUCAGAUUGUACCCGAAGACAAUAUAGAAACCAUAGAAUCAUCUCUAACUGAAGAAAACCUCGAGAGCCAAAAACUGUCUCCGUUCUUAGUUGAAAUAAAGAAUUCAAUUCCGGAAGUGAAAGAGUUAAAUGAUACUAAGUCAUCUGAAACAACGCCUGUGCCAGCUCAUUUGUUAACAAUUGAGCAAGGGAACAUAGAUUAUAAUGAAAUAAAAGAUAUCAUACGAGUUUCUGAACCACCAACUCCAAGGAGUUACUUCUCCCCAGCUGGUAUACCUGCUCCGUUUGUAGUUUCCUCAGACCUACAGGGUUCAGGGGCAAGCACUUGCAGCCCUUCAAGUUUUGAAGGUAUUUCUUUCUUACUGAUAUGCAGAAUUAUUGGAGUAUUGGAUAAUAUGAGAACUUGUGACAUAUAUCUCAGUCUUUUCCAGGUUAUUGAGGCUGAUGCACUACCUGGUGAUCUCUGUACACUUCGUGAGUAUGCUCGGUGGUUAGUGUCGGCAAGCAGUGCUCUUUCGAGGAAUGUUGUAUCAAAAGUUUAUCCUGCAAUGUACAUUGAGAAUGUUACUGAACUUGCAUUUGAUGACAUAACAACUGAAGACCCUGAUUUUUCAUCGAUUCAAGUCUUGGCAGAGGCUGGACUUAUCUCAAGCAAGCUUUCAAAUCAAGAUUUAUUCAGUAACAAUCUAGGUCCAUUUUACUUCUCUCCUGAAAGCCCUCUAUCACGUCAGGAUCUUAUAUGUUGGAAAAUGGCCUUUGAGAAAAUACAGCUCCCAGAAGCUGACAGAAAGAUACUCUACCAACUUUCUGGUUUCAUAGACAUUGAUAAGAUAAAUCCAGAUGCAUGGCCUGCACUCAUGGCAGACUUGUCUACUGGAGAACAAGGAAUAAUAGCACUUGCAUUUGGUUGUACAAGAAUGUUCCAGCCAAAUAAGCCUGUGACAAAAGCCCAAGCUGCCAUUGCUAUUGCAACUGGUGAAGCUUCUGACGUAGUAAGUGAGGAGCUUGCUCGUAUCGAAGCUGAAUCAAUGGCGGAAAAUGUAGUAUCUGCUCACAAUGCUUUAGUAGCUGAAGUUGAGAAAGAUAUUAAUGCUAGUUUUGAGAAAGAACUUCUGAUGGAACGGGAAAAGAUAGAUGCUGUGGAAAAAAUGGCUGAAGAAGCAAAGCAUGAACUGGAAAGGUUGAGAGCUGAGAGAGAGGAAGAGAAUAUUGCCUUAAUGAAGGACCGUGCUGCUAUUGAUGCUGAAAUGGAAGUUCUUUCACGGUUAAGGCGUGAAGUGCAGGAGCAGUUGGAAAGCAUGAUUAGUGACAAAGUAGAGAUAUCAUAUGAGAAGGAAAGGAUUAGCAAACUACGAAAAGAAACAGAGGAUGAAACCCAGGAGAUUGUCAGGUUACAGCAUGAGUUGGAGGUGGAAAGAAAAGCCUUAUCAAUGGCCAGGGCUUGGGCUGAGGAUGAGGCAAAAAGAGCAAGAGAACGGGCAAAAGCCCUGGAGGAAGCUAGAGAACGCUGGACGAGGCACGGCAUCAAAGUGGUCGUAGACAAUGACCUCCGUGAAGAGAGCGUUGCAGGAGAUACAUGGGCAAAUGUGGAGAAGCCAGUUACAGUUGAAGGAACUAUUAGACGGUUCGAGGCUUUGUUGGGAAAGUUUAGGAUAUUGGCUAGUGAAGUAAAAGGCAAAUCUAGAGAAUUCAUCAAUAAGAUUGUCCAGAGGAUCCAGCAUUUGAUUUCGGUGUUGCAGAAGUGGGGCUCCGAGGCAGGUGCAAAGGCUGAAGAAUUGAAAGACGGGGCUGAGUCAAAGGCAAGGGGAUCAGUACAGGAGGUGCAGCGGAGCACAGCGGGAUUCAGCUCGGCCGUUAAAGAAGGUGCAAAACGAGCGGCAGAGGAUUGUCGUGAAGGAGUUGAGAAACUCAGCCAGAGGUUCAGAACAUAGCCUCCAAAGAGGUCAGUAUUUUGAUGGACACUAAUAAAUAAAUUUUGCAGCUGA